GCUGCGACCCUCUUCCUUCGAGUUUUAAGGACUGUAACAAACACAUUAACUUGAGUGAUCCCAGUCCCAAAUAAGGCGACAAAAUCACUUCCACUUUCUAACCCUUUCGUUCUAAAACGCCACCCUUUUCAGUGUUCUUUCAAGUUUUCGCCAUAAAAAAUGCUUCGCAUCGCAGCAAAAUUGUCAUCAAGGGCUUCUUCAACUGCAAAGCCAUUUCCUAUUUCCUGCACCAGAAUUUCCCCUCUUUCCUCUUCAUCCUUCAGGUCAUUCACCAUUGGUUUGGAAUUGGAAGCAAACAUGGUAGUCCCAGAUGCUAUUAGAAUGAUCAACUACGCAUUGAAACAAGCCAGAACUGAAAGAUCACUUGGAGCGUACCGUAUGGGUUUGACUGUGUUGAAGCACUGCAUUACUACUGAGUUAACUGAAGGCAAAGAUCCAGUGCGUGAGAAUUCAAAAGGAAUGGCCUUGCUUGCUAUGUCCACCUUGUUAUCUGAGAGAGGAGAAUACGGUGAAGCAAUAGAGAAGCUCGAUGGUGUUCAAGACUUAACCAAUUCUUACUUGGGCAUUAGAGUUGCUGCAUUUGAAGCUCAGCCUGGCUUUCAUCUAGAGUUGGGGAAGGAUGAUUUGACAUCGGUGGUGGCUGACAGAUGCAUUGAUCUUGUGGAGAAGGAAUCGCAAGCAAGAGAUCAUGAGGCUACAAGUUUAGAUGGUCUCUACAGAAAAGUGAUAGAUAUUUUGAAGGUUCCACCAAUGGAAACUAAGUCUGAAGAAGGUGCUGCAUCAUCGAUAGAUAGAAGUGAUAUAGCGGCUUUUGCAAGAGAUGCCUCGGGGGCUUAUUUUAGGAAUAGGAAGGGCAUUUUGAAGGAAGCGAACAUCUUUGCUUGACAUUCUGUCAUCAAAACAAGCUCCUCGUGGUUAUUACAAGGGAAAGAAUUGCAAGCCUACUGGUUUCCACACUCGCAAAGGUGGUUAUGUAGUGAUGCAAGAAAAAUUGCCAAAUUAUGUAGUUCCUGAUUUGACUGAUUUCAAGCUCAAACCAUAUGUAUCUCAAUGUCCUACAGAAGUCAAGACCGCUGAGGCUUCUCAAACGGCUAAAUAACCAAAUUGAGUAGUACAAGAUACUUUAUUUGUAACUGCAGAUAUUCUCCCACGAAGAGGAGUUGGCAGGCCCUUUGGUUCUCGCUUCUUUUUAGCUAUAACAUCGAGCAACUAUUAACAGGCACAAAUAUUUGAUUUUCUGAUUCUGUUUGCAUAUUAACCAAUAAUUCAUGUGUAAUGCGAUGAACGAAUAUCAAAAUUAUCGAUAAUUUUUUUAGUUUCCCCUAUUAUUUAGG